AUGACAGAGUACUGUUGGAUCAGCGACAGGAAAUGGCGGCUUAGAUGUCGAGAGAACGGAGCAAAGCUUAAUUUACUCUCUUUCUCUCUCAUUCUCUCUACGGAGGAAUUCUGUUGCUUAAUAUAUAUUGAAUAGCUUUGGGAACUUAUUUGCUUACCGUGGGAAGAAAAGAAUGCCAGGGCUAACUAUAGAGCGUCCUAAAAUGACCAGAACCAUGUACCAGGCUUUAAAGAAACACAUCAUGAAAGAGAGAGAAAAAAAGAAACAAGAACAACAGGAAGAUGCUAUGAUGGAAAGACGCAGAAAAGAGAAAGAGCUGAGGAAAAAGAAAGAGGAAGAAAACAGUCUCACCCUGGAGCAGACAAAGGAGCAGAUCCAAAAGUUAGAGGAAAAACUGGAAGGUUUCAAGCAGGAGAAGCAUGAGCUGUUUUCUCAGCUGAAGAAAGUCCUAAACCAAGAGGAAGAGGCCAGGAAGAGAGCUCAAAUGAAAGAACAGAAUGAACUGCUAAGUCUGCAGCAAUCUGCACCUUAUGUGAUACAAGGGGCCUCUCACCCAAUGCUACAUAUGUCAGGCAGACCCACCCUGUACAAACCUGCCCAACAGAUGAUGACUCAGCAGAGCUUGAAGCGAGGAAGGAGCCCGUCACCGACCCCGUCCAGCAUGUAUCAGUCAUAUGAGAAGUACCCCUCUACCUACACCACAUCCUCAACCAAGCCCCAGCAUGGAGGAAUCCACCCUCACUACACCCAAGACUACAAGCCCACCAGUUACCCACAGGGUGAAUCUGUUACAUAUGGCACCCCAGACAGCACAUCUUACCCACAGCCCAGCACCAUCCAUCUAAGUAACCAAUCACAGGCCAGCAAAUACACACCAUCUGGCCAAUCAGCUUUCCAGCAUUACCCAAAUUAUGCGAGCCAGCAGAAACACCAGAUGUCUGACCCAUUCACACCCGGCUACCACAUGCAGAGAGUUCCUCAAGUUACAUGCCAGGCCAUGGUGGGGGCUAUUUCCUUACAGCAACAACUUGAUCAUGCCAAUCAAAAAUCGGGCUUCUCAGAGGAAAAAUACAAGGCCCAUCAUGUGCGGACAGUGAUGCCCACAAUGACAGCACAGCAGCCUACAAUGAUGGCACAGCAGCUCUCCAUUCAGCAGCAGCAGCAACAAGCUAAGGGUGCAAUUGGUGGAUACCCUGCGCGGACCCAAGCUCCACCCACCAGCUCUUACCAGCCUACUCCAAGUCAGGGUUCAUACCCAGGGCAGAGUAAUGCACCAAGUCGACCACAUGCUUAUCCUGGCCAACAGCCAGGACGCUACUACUAAACAGUCAUAUCUAGAAGCAGACUUGGCCAAUGUAGAAGUUCACCAUAGGCAGUAUGCUGUCACUCUAGAAAUGCUGAGCUGUCCCUCCAGGCUUUGCUGGUGCUGAGCUGUCCCUCCAGACAUCGCAGCUGAGUGGUCACUCCAGGUGUUGUCGGGGCAGAGCUGUCACUCCAGACGUUGCUGCUGAGUUGUCACCCCAGGUGUUGUCGGUGCUGAGCUGUCACUCCAGGCCUUGUCAGUGCUAAGUUGUCCCUCCAGGUGUUGUCGGUGCUGACCUGUCAUUGUAGGCGUCAUUAGUGCUGAGCUGUCCCUCCAGGCGUUGCUGGUGUUGAGCUGUCACUCCAGAGGUUGCUGCUGAGUGGUCAGUCCUGGUGUUGUCGGUGCUGAGCUGU